GAAUCAGUGAGUCAAGAAAAGUUAUGACGGUUCUGGAAGCUAAGAGGGAAGUUCCUGCCCCUCCCAAAGCUGAAGCCAGAGCCACAGCUUUGAAGGCCAAGGAAGCAGUGCAGAAGGGACAGCAGGGCACCCCGCAGAAGGAUGUUAUUAUUAAACAGGAUGCACCAGACACCUUACUGUUGGAGAAACAUGCAGAUUAUAUUGCGUCUUAUGGAGCAAAGAAAGAUGACUACGAAUAUUGUAUGUCAGAAUAUUUGAGAAUGAGUGGCGUCUAUUGGGGCCUGACAGUGAUGGAUCUCAUGGGACAGCUUCAUCGCAUGAAUAGAGAGGAAAUUUUAACAUUCAUUAAAUCAUGUCAACAUGAAUGUGGUGGAAUAAGUGCUAGUAUUGGACAUGAUCCUCAUCUCCUGUAUACUCUUAGUGCUGUUCAGAUACUUACUCUGUAUGAUAGUAUUAAUGUGAUUGAUGUAAGCAAAGUUGUGGAAUAUGUUCAGAGUCUGCAGAAAGAAGAUGGUUCUUUUGCUGGAGACAUUUGGGGAGAAAUUGAUACAAGGUUUUCUUUCUGUGCGGUAGCAACUUUGGCUCUACUGGGGAAGUUGGACGCUAUUAAUGUGGAGAAGGCAAUUGAAUUCGUCUUGUCAUGUAUGAAUUUUGAUGGUGGAUUUGGUUGUAGGCCGGGAUCUGAGUCUCAUGCUGGGCAGAUCUAUUGUUGCACAGGAUUCCUGGCUAUUACUAGUCAGUUGCAUCAAGUAAAUUCUGACUUACUGGGUUGGUGGCUUUGUGAACGGCAGUUACCAUCAGGUGGACUCAAUGGAAGGCCAGAGAAGCUACCAGAUGUAUGUUAUUCAUGGUGGGUAUUGGCAUCCUUAAAGAUAAUUGGGAGACUUCAUUGGAUUGAUAGAGAGAAGCUGCGAACUUUCAUCUUAGCAUGUCAAGAUGAAGAAACUGGAGGAUUUGCAGACAGGCCUGGAGAUAUGGUGGAUCCUUUUCACACUUUAUUUGGAAUUGCUGGAUUAUCACUUUUGGGAGAAGAACAAAUUAAACCUGUUAGUCCUGUUUUCUGUAUGCCAGAAGAAGUGCUUCAGAGGGUAAAUGUUCAGCCUGAAUUAGUGAGCUAGACUGAUUAGUGCAAGAGUUGCUCAAUAUACUUUUCCCAUAUUAAUACUUGUUAAUGUAUUUAAAAAGUGCUUAUCAAACAUUACUGUUAAUAUUUUGUAUAGAAUUGUGUUGAUCUUAAUAUAUUAUUAAUAUAUAAUUAUACAUAUUGUAAAAUAAAAGACUAUCUUCAACUGUAAAUUUUUCUUUUGGAUUGCUUUUCUGAGUACGUUAUUUCACACUUCUGUGCUAUUUGUGUGUUGUCUCCAUUAGAGCUAUUAUGGUGGUUGUCACCAACCAGGGUUUGUCCUUGGCAUACCAUAUGGUCCCUUAACUCCCAUCAUGUGUGACCCCGAACACCUCUGGGUGUUGCGCCCAAACAAACUACUGAAGUCUAGCACUUGAUUUCUUUUUUCCAUAUGCAGUCUUCACAGAUAUAACAUGUGUUUGCUAAUGAGGAUAAUUAAAACUGAAUAAUGGCCUAA